UCCGCUUCCGGUCGCUGGACUUGAGGCGCGCCGUCGGGAGCAUGGACGCGCUAGUUGCUCGGUGCUCGGCGCGGCUGCAGCAGCAGGAAAAAGAGAUUAAGUCUCUGACUUCCGAGAUCGACCGGUUGAAAAACGGCGACUAUUUAGAAACAACUGUAAAUUUGGAGAAAUUGCAAGAAGAAAACCUAAAACUAAAGUAUCGGCUGAAUAUACUCCAAAAGAGUCUUCAGGCAGAAAGGAACCGACCCACUAAGAACAUGAUCAACAUCCACAGCCGUCUACAGGACGUCUUCCGGUGCGCCAUCAGGGCCGCCUACCCGGACCUGGAGAGCCCCCCUCUGGUCGUCACGCCCAGCCAGCAGCCCAAGUUUGGGGACUACCAGUGCAACAGUGCCAUGGGCAUUUCUCAGAUGCUCAAAGCCAAGGAACAGAAAGUGAAUCCAAGAGAAAUCGCCCAGAACAUUACCAAGCACUUGCCAGAAAACGAGUACAUUGAAAACGUUGAAAUCGCUGGUCCUGGCUUCAUUAACGUCCACCUCAGAAAAGGCUUUGUGUCAGAGCGGUUGUCCCAUCUCCUAGUGAACGGGGUUCACCUGCCUGCCCUGGGGAAGAAUAAAAAGGUUGUGGUUGACUUCUCCUCUCCCAACAUAGCCAAGGAGAUGCACGUGGGCCACCUGAGGUCCACCAUCAUCGGAGAGAGCGUGGCCCGCCUCUUUGAGUUUGCGGGCUACGACGUGCUGAGGUUGAACCACGUGGGAGACUGGGGGACCCAGUUUGGCAUGCUCAUCGCCCACCUGCAGGAUAAGUUCCCAGACUACCUCACAGUGUCGCCUCCCAUUGGAGAUCUCCAGGCCUUCUACAAGGAAUCUAAGAAGAGGUUUGAUAGUGAAGAAGACUUUAAGAAGCGCGCGUACCAGUGUGUGGUUCUGCUGCAGAGUAAAAACCCGGACAUAAUUAAAGCCUGGAACCUCAUCUGUGACGUGUCCCGUGCGGAAUUUAGUAAAAUCUACGAUGCGCUGGACAUCUCUUUAAUCGAGAGGGGAGAAUCCUUUUACCAGGACAGGAUGCCAGUUGUUGUGAAGGAGCUUGAGGAUAAAGGGUUUGUGCAGGUGGACGAGGGCAGGAAGAUAAUGUUUGUCCCGGGGUGCUCCGUACCGCUGACCGUUGUGAAGUCGGACGGGGGCUACACCUACGACACCUCGGACCUGGCUGCCAUCAAACAGAGGCUGCUGGAGGAGAAGGCGGACAUGAUCAUCUACGUGGUGGACAGCGGGCAGGCUGUGCACUUCCAGACGGUGUUUGCGGCUGCUCAGAUGAUGGGCUGGUACGACCCUCAGGUGACCCGCGUAACCCACGCCGGCUUCGGCGUGGUGCUUGGUGAGGACAAGAAGAAGUUUAAGACACGCUCCGGUGAAACGGUGCGCCUUACAGACCUUCUGGAGGAGGGGAUGAGGCGCUCCAUGGACAAGCUGAAGGAGAAGGAACGGGACAAGGUCCUGACGCCCGAGGAGCUGCGGGCUGCGCAGAGCUCGGUGGCCUACGGCUGCAUCAAGUACUCGGACCUGUCCCACAACCGGCUCAACGACUACGUCUUCUCCUUCGACAAGAUGCUGGACGACCGCGGGAACACGGCCGCCUACCUGCUGUACGCCUUCACACGCAUCAGGUCCAUUGCGCGGCUGGCCAACGUGGAUGAGCACACGCUCCAGAAGGCUGCCCUGGAGACCAAGAUCAGCCUGGAGCAUGAGAAGGAGUGGCGGCUGGGCCGCUGCCUCCUGCGCUUCCCCGAGGUCCUGCAGAAGACGCUGGACGACCUGUUCCUGCACUCGCUGUGCGACUACCUCUACGAGCUGGCCACGACCUUCACCGACUUCUACGACAGCUGCUACUGUGUGGAGAAGGACCGGCAGACCGGCGCCGUGCUGAAGGUGAACAUGUGGCGGUUACUGCUGUGCGAGGCCACGGCCACCGUCAUGGCCAAGGGCUUCGACAUCCUGGGCAUCAAGCCCGUGCAGAAGAUGUGAUCCUCCCGCCGGUGCUGGCUGCCUGGUUUUGAAACACAACAAUCAUGUAGAUAGAACUUAGCAAAGAUUUCUCAGCCAUCUAUGCAAAUGUAAUUCUUUCACAUCUAUUUCUAACAAUAAAAAGAAAAUCGACUUUCA